CUCUGACAGAGCGAUACGGUUGUGUCAAAUAUUGUAAAUAAAUAUGCGUUUGUGUGGAAUUAUACGUGUUUGAGCUUGUUUAUAGCCAAAAAAAUGUUUGUUAGGGACCCCUGCGGUAUAGUUUGCGUUUUAGUGACCUACUCGGCCGUGUUUUACGCUGAUUAUGUGGUAAUAAAAUGGAUUAUCCUACAGACUAUGGUCGACAGUUUGUGGGGCGCCUUUAACGUCGUAAUGUUCAACACCAUAGUUUUUCUUCUUACCAUGUCCCAUAUUAAGGCUGUUGUUACUGAUCCGGGGACUGUACCCAUUGAGAAGGAACAUUUGAGUCAUGAAGACAUACAUUCAGAUUUACUAGGGUGUGAUUGGACAAUUUGCAAUAGAUGUGAUACAUUGAGACCGCCUCGAGCACAUCACUGUAGAAUUUGUCAGAGAUGCAUAAAACGUAUGGACCAUCAUUGUCCAUGGAUAAAUAACUGUGUCGGGGAGAGAAAUCAAAAAUAUUUUAUACAAUUUCUCAUAUAUGUUGGGAUAUUGUCUGUGUAUGCCAUCACUUUGGUUGUCAUUUCUUGGUUGACUGAAUGCAGGGAUUGUCAGCAGAAUUUUGCCAUAAGACAGGCCAGAAUUAUGCAUUGCGUAAUUUUAAUGUUGGAAAGCGCUUUAUUCGGGAUGUUUGUGGCAGCUAUAUUAGUAGACCAAAUCCAGGCAAUUCUUAAUGACGAGACAGCAGUUGAACAAGUCCAACAUCAAGGACCUUAUCGAGCACAUAAGGAAAAAAUGGCUCUUUUGAUGGAAGUUUGUGGAAGACAGCAUCCAUUUUUGUGGCUUUUGCCUUGUUCUGGGGUUCCCAAAAAGCACGAAAAACUUAUGGUGGAUUACCACAUUGUCUGAGGUUUUUAUUUUUUAUCGAGUGGCCAAGAUAUUAUUAUUGUAAGUGAAAAUGAUGGAAUUAUAGGAGGGUACAAAUUAUAUUUUGAUGUAAUUGAUGUGCUUUAAUGUGUGUUUUAACAUAAAAAUCAUUUUAUUUUUUGUAUUUUUCAUUGUAGAUGUCAUUCACAUUUUUUAUUUGGUUCUCUCUAAUAAGCACAAAUUUAAUAAAAGACUGUUUAACUUAACACUGUUACAUGUAUUUAUUAUUUUACAUAUCAAAGGCAAUAUAUCUGUACCUAUUAGAAUUAUUAUCUUUUAAACAAACUAUAUUAAUAACGUAUUUAUUUUUUUUACUUACCUUUAAUUUAAAUUUUAGAGUAGGUAGUGCAUAUUAAGUUUUAAAACCUUUUAUAAGUUGUUACUGUAUUUAGUAAAAUACUUUUAUAUUCCUAGUCUUCAAGUACAUAUUCCACUUGUACAUAUUUUAUUUAAUUUUAUAUAUCAUAAAAAAAUAAAGAAGUAUGGUAUGAUUUGUAUUUGUGUUAUUUCUUCUGGAUAAAAAAUGAUUCUAUUGAAAUAAAUUUUAUUUACAUUUAGGUAUAAGUUACAACUUAAAAAAGAACUAUUUAAUAGUUAUAAAUUAAAAUUCAGUAUUUAUUCAACAUUGGAAAAUAAUAUAAAACUUAUAUUGUAUAGUGUCAUAUAUUUUACAAAGAUAUUUAUCGUUUUUUUAUUCUUUAAUAUAUUUUGAUAUAUUUAACUAUUUACGUCACUAACGGUACAGUCGGGUUAAUUCUUUUAAAGCGUGUGUUACCGAUUUUGAGGUGUCAGAUCUACAAAAGGAAAAAAACAUCAAAUAUAAAUUUGCAACUUAUUGGAGCGAUAAAACAAUCAACAUACCUCGUAAUAGAUGCGUGUAUAUCUUUCAAUUGUUGCGGCGUUGCCGUAACUAUACCACCGUUACUUUGCACCGGCAACUGAUCUAAACCAUUUGCCAGCCAUUUUCCAGUUGUUUCUCUGUUAAAAUCUAAUAAUUGCACAAACACGUCAGCCACCUGCAAGAGUUAAGAAAAAACAAAUUUCAGAUUAUAUGGAUUUUAAUCAAAAUUUAUAGAUUAUG